AUGCGUUUCUCUACCAUCUCCGUCCUCGCACUCGGCGCACUCAGCAGCGGCGUUGCUGCGGACUUUUUCGGCUCCUGCCUUGACAAGAACAACGCCGGCGCCCUGACUAUCUUCAACAACACAAAGAGCAAGGAGGCGUGCACAUUACACGUAACCAACGGUCUCGGACCCAACCCCUGCACGGAUUGCGUGUUCAGGGACGACCCAAACAAGACGGGUGAUGAAAAGUGCUUUAGCAAGGAAGGCAAGCUCGACCCUAAAGCUUGGGAUAUAAUCUGCGGGAUAGCUGGUGCUGCCGGUUCUACAUCCGAGUAG